UGGUCGGCGGAGUAGGAUGCCAUGGGGAGCCUCCGCGGCUUGCGCCUGGCGGCGGGAAGUUUUUUUAGGUUAUGUGAAAGAGAUGUUUCCUCAUCUCUAAGGCUCACCAGAAAUACUGAUUUGAAGAGAAUAAAUGGAUUUUGCACCAAACCACAGGAAAGUCCAAAAGCUCCAUCUCACUCUUACAGCCACAGGGUGCCAUUACACAAACCUACGGAUUGGGAGAAGAAGAUCCUGAUAUGGUCAGGUCGCUUCAAAAAGGAAGAUGAAAUCCCCGAGACUAUCUCGUUUGAGAUGCUCGAUGCUGCAAAGAACAAGAUGCGGGUGAAGAUAAGCUAUCUAAUGAUCGCCAUGACGGUGGCAGGAUGCAUUUACAUGGUUAUAGAGGGAAAGAAGGCUGCCAGGAGGCACGAGUCUUUAACAAGUCUGAACUUAGAAAAGAAAGCUCGUCUGAGAGAGGAAGCAGCAGCAAUGAAGGACAAAGCAGAGUAGCAGAAGUAUCCACAGUGGCUAGAUUUUGAAAAUCCAGGAGUAAUGUUGCAGCAACAAGCCUGUAUUGAAAAGAGAAUGGUAUGAGGAUGCAUUUUAUGGAAGUAUUGUUUGCACAAACUUACUAUUUCUGCUCUAGAGGUACAAAUAAAUUUUCUUAAA